AUGGCAAAGGAACACACGCAGAAGACAUAGAAUCAAUUUUGCAACAAGUAAUGGCGGAUGAAUUUAAUACUUUGCUGGAAGAUGAUUCUGCCUAUCAGGUAUCAAAAGAUCUAAUAAAGCUAUACGCUGAAUGUAUAGAAGGAAACUACACUUCCAUUGAUCUCUUGAGAUCACGGCACAUUGCCUCUGUUGAUAGUAUCGCUUCUUCAAAAAAAGCUAAAUCACAGCUUCAAAUUAAUGACGACGUCGAUGAUGACGAUGAUGGUGAAAAUGAAGAUGUAGAAAUGACUGAUGCAAUGAAUACUUCCGAAGAUGUUUCAUCUACUGAUCGAAAUAAAAUAAAUUCGUCAAAGAAAGAACCAAUCAUUGAUGAUGAAGGAUUUCAACUU